AUGUCAUUCCGGAAUUUAAAGAGGAUGAAAAUUCGAAAAUCAACACUCUUGUAUAUAUUUAUUAUACUAUUUUUUAUGAUACUAUGCUACACUCUGUUUGUUGCAAAGCAUUUACAAACUGAAUCAGAAGUUAAUAUUCCCUUAGAUGGACCACAACCAAUCAUAUUUAUUGGAGGUUAUCCUAGAAGCGGCACAACGCUUAUGCGUGUUUUGCUUGAUGUUCAUCCCAUGAUUCGAUGUGGUCCUGAGACUAGAGUUAUACCGAAAAUGCUUGGUGUGCGAAAAUUAUGGGGCGAAGGAGUUGAAAAUGCUCGACUUAAAGCGGCUGGAUUAUAUCCUGAAGCAGUUGAUUCCGCUGUUCGUUCAUUCAUAUUGUCAAUAAUUAAAAAUGCCGGUGAAAAUGCUCCAGUAUUGUGCAAUAAAGAUCCGUUAUCUUUUAAUCAUCUUUCCUAUUUGGCUGAUUUGUUUCCUGAGGCGAAAUUUGUUCACAUGGUACGUGAUGGACGGGCUGUUGUUAAUUCUCUAGUAAAGCGACAUGUUCGAAUUAAGGGAACGCCUAAUAGUACAGUAGAUAAGUUUUAUACUUGGGAAAGACGUGUUGAACAAUUCUUGCAUGAAUGCGCAUUAAUUGGCCCUGGAAGAUGCGUAACAGUGAAAUAUGAAUCAUUAGUGCUAACACCGUCCAAAGUUUUAAGCGAAUUAUUCCAAUUCCUCAAAGUUCCAUGGGAUCCUGUGGUACUUAAUCAUGAUAAAGCUGUGCAUUCUAAUGCUCUUAGCAAAUUGGAACCAAGUACCUCACAAGUUGUACAUCCAAUUCACUUAGCUUCAUUGGAACCAAGUACCUCACAAGUUGUACAUCCAAUUCACUUAGCUUCGUUAUCUUCUUGGGCUUCAAAUGAAUCAGCAUUACCUGAUGAUUUCAUCAAUUCAAUACAUGAAAAUAGCAAGAUUCUACAAAAGCUGGGUUAUGCGAAUCUUGGUAUCCCACCAAAUUAUGGCACUCCAGAGAUUAAAGUAGCUAAUAUUACUUCCCAACUACAUAAAGAUCCAGAAUUUCGACGGAUUUUCGGUAAUAAAUAA